CUGCUUUAUUUUUCAGGAAGCCAUUGUAUGGAUUGUUUCAAUAUAAUUCCAGUAUGAUUGGACUAGAAUCAUUAGCCGAUCCCUCAGAUACCUGGGAAAUUAUAGAGACUAUUGGGAAAGGCACUUACGGUAAAGUCUAUAAGGUUGCCAAUAAGAAAGAUGGGAGCCUGGCAGCAGUAAAGAUUCUGGAUCCUAUCAGUGAUGUAGACGAAGAAAUUGAAGCAGAAUAUAAUAUUUUGCAGUUUCUUCCCAAUCAUCCUAAUGUUGUUAGAUUUUAUGGGAUGUUUUACAAAGCAGAUCAAUAUGUGGGAGGACAGCUCUGGCUAGUACUUGAGCUGUGCAAUGGAGGUUCUGUCACAGAGCUUGUCAAAGGCCUGCUGAAGUGUGGCCAACGGCUGGAUGAAGCUAUAAUCUCAUACAUCUUAUAUGGUGCUCUCUUGGGCCUUCAGCAUUUACACAAUAACCGGAUCAUUCAUCGUGAUGUGAAAGGGAACAACAUUCUCCUGACAACAGAAGGUGGAGUCAAGCUCGUUGACUUUGGUGUUUCAGCCCAGCUCACCAGCACGCGGCUGCGUAGAAACACCUCAGUGGGAACACCCUUUUGGAUGGCACCUGAGGUCAUUGCUUGUGAACAACAGUAUGACUACUCAUAUGAUGCUCGAUGUGACGUAUGGUCCUUGGGAAUAACAGCUAUUGAACUGGGGGAUGGAGACCCUCCUUUAUUUGACAUGCAUCCGGUGAAAACCCUUUUUAAAAUUCCAAGAAAUCCUCCUCCUACUUUGCUACAUCCUGAAAAAUGGUGCAGAGGAUUCAACCAUUUCAUUUCACAGUGUCUUAUCAAGGAUUUUGAAAAGCGUCCUUCAGUCACUCACCUUUUGGAGCAUCCAUUUAUUAAACAAGUACAUGGUAAAGAUAUGUCUCUGCAAAAACAGCUGGCUGAACUCAUCCAAGAACAACAGCAGCUCGGCUCUGUAGCCAAAACAAGGCAUGAACGAAUACAUACUAGAAGACCUUACCAUGUGGAUGGAGCUGACAAGUACUCUCUAGAUGACGAUCUGGUAAAUCUAGAAGUUCUAGAUGAGGAUACAAUUAUCCAUCAGCUGCAGAAACGCUAUGCUGACUUACAAAUUUAUACUUAUGUUGGAGACAUUUUAAUAGCCUUAAACCCCUUCCAGAAUCUCAGCAUUUAUUCUCCCCAGUUCUCCAAGCUUUACCAUGGUAUGAAGCGUUCAUCAAAUCCCCCUCACAUAUUUGCUUCUGCGGAUGCUGCCUACCAAAGUAUGGUUACAUUCAGCAAAGAUCAGUGUAUUAUCAUCAGUGGGGAAAGUGGUGCUGGAAAGACAGAAAGCGCCCAUCUGAUUGUCCAACAUUUGACCUUCUUGGGAAAGGCCAAUAACCGUGCUUUGCGAGAGAAAAUUCUUCAGGUGAAUCCUCUGGUUGAAGCGUUUGGUAACGCCUGCACUGCCAUCAAUGACAACUCAAGUCGCUUUGGAAAAUACCUGGAAAUGAUGUUUACACCCACAGGAGCAGUAAUGGGGGCAAAGAUUUCUGAAUAUCUACUUGAAAAAUCAAGGGUCAUAAAACAGGCUGUGGGAGAGAAAAAUUUCCAUAUAUUUUAUUAUAUCUAUGCUGGCCUUUAUCAUCAGAAGAAACUUUCUGAAUAUAGACUUCCUGAUAAAAAGCCUCCUAGAUAUAUUGAUAAUGAAACUGGAAGAGUAAUGCAUGAUAUUGUUACUAAAGAUUCCUAUGGAAGACAAUUUGAAGCGAUUCAGCAUUGCUUUAGAAUUAUAGGAUUCACUGAUGAGGAAGUGUACUCAGUGUACAGAAUUCUGACUGGAAUCUUAAAUACUGGAAAUAUUGAGUUUGCUGCCAUUUCUUCACAACACCAAAUAGAUAAAAGUGAGGUUCCCAACCCAGAAGCCUUAGAUAACGCUGCUGCACUCCUAAGUAUUGGGUCAGAAGAACUUCAAGAGGCCCUAACCUCCCACUGUGUUGUGACACGAGGGGAGACUAUUAUCCGAACAAACACCGUGGACAAAGCAACUGAUGUGCGAGAUGCCAUGUCUAAAGCACUUUAUGGCCGGCUUUUUAGCUGGAUCGUAAAUCGUAUUAAUACGUUGCUUCAGCCAGAUAAAAAUAUAUGCAAUGCUGAAAGUGGGAUGAAUGUUGGGAUACUAGACAUAUUCGGAUUUGAGAACUUCGCAAGAAAUUCCUUUGAACAGCUGUGCAUAAAUAUUGCUAAUGAACAGAUCCAGUUUUAUUUCAAUCAACAUAUCUUUGCGCUGGAGCAGAUGGAAUAUCAGAGUGAAGGAAUUGAUGCUACUACGGUGGAGUAUGAGGAUAACCGUCCACUUCUAGAUAUGUUCCUCCAGAAACCCAUGGGUCUCCUGUCUCUACUAGAUGAAGAAAGUCGAUUUCCUCAGGCAACGGACCUUACUUUAGUUGAUAAAUUUGAAGAUAACUUACGAUGCAAAUACUUUUGGAGACCAAAAGGAGUAGAACUGUCAUUUGGUAUUCAGCACUAUGCUGGAAAGGUAUUAUACGAUGCCAGUGCAUUCCUUGAGAAGCACAGAGAUAUUUUGUAAUACAUAAUGGUUUUGCGAACUUCAGAGAACAAACUUCUUCAGCAGCUGUUCUCUAGCCCAUUAACAAAAACAGGACACCUCCCAGAGAAAUAUUCAGAGAACGUUAUACAGUAUAACAUCAGAACAUCCAGCCAGAGAGUCUCAGUAGCUAAGGUUGACACAAUGGAGGUUAUGCGACACCCUGAGGAAACAACUAACAUGAAGCGGCAAACUAUGGCUUCCUAUUUUAGGUAUUCCCUCAUGGAUCUUUUAUCCAAAAUGGUUGUUGGACAGCCUCACUUUAUCCGCUGCAUUAAACCUAAUGAUGAUCGAGAAGCACUGACAUUUUCUCAUGAGCGAGUUCUACUGCAGCUACGAUACACUGGAAUUCUGGAAACAGUCAAAAUACGUCAAAAAGGCUAUUCGCAUCGCAUCCUCUUUGAAGAGUUUGUGAAAAGGUAUUACUACCUUGCAUUCAAGGCACACGAGACUCCCCUUGGUAGCAGAGAAAACUGUCUUGCCAUUUUGGAGAAAUCUAAACUGGACAACUGGAUUCUUGGGAAAACCAAGGUUUUUCUAAAGUAUUACCAUAUAGAGCAGUUAAAUUUGUUCCUGCGAGAAGUUAUAGGGAGGGUGGUGGCCAUGCAAGCCUAUAUCAAGGGAUGGCUUGGAGCAAGGAGGUACAAGAAAGUCAAAGAGAAAAGAGAAAAUAGUGCUGUUACCAUACAGUCAGCCUGGAGAGGAUAUGAAGCUCGCAGGAAGUACAAGGAAAUAAGGAACAGAAGAACUGAUGCUGCUAUACAUAUUCAAGCAGCUUUCAGGGGAUAUAUUGUUCGUAAAAACUACACAAGAUUGAAAAACAGCACUGCCUGUGUAGCAGAUCCUCAGCUUAUGAGCAGCUGCUCUACUUCUGAUUUUGGCGGUGAAGAGCACUGGCAGCAAACCAGUAACCAGUCUCCUCCUGUGGUGCCUGAUUUUCUUGUCAAACAAACAAAAAAGAAGGAUUUGGAUGAGAUUUCUGCUUCUCCAUUUAUUCUAAAACAUUCGUUCGAAAUGAAUGAUUCACAAUCAAUUAGCCAAUCACAGUCAGUUGCAGACCAUCGGUUGUCAAGUCCCUUGAGAUCCCAUAAAAAAGGAGGUUCAGAAAACUGUCUUGAACAGAAGCUGAGAACACCUCGUCGACGAUGUCAGCAGCCCAAAAUGCUGAAUAGCCCUGAGGACAACAUGUACUAUAACCAGUUAAAUGGAACUCUAGAAUAUCAAGGGAGCAAGAGGAAGCCAAGAAAACUUGGGCAAAUCAAAGUGCUUGACGGGGAGGAUGAGUAUUACAAAUCAUUGUCAGCUGUUGAGUCUAUCCCUGAAGAUGACAGCUUUCUCAGUUCCCCAUCUCCUCCUUCUUCAAGAAGUGUGUCUUUUGCUCAAAGCUGAACCUCACUUACUCUAUUGACUAAUACUGGUAAGAGUAUCUUCAUGCUGGCAGUCUCGUCCAAUUAACUUUGUGCGUGUGUGUUUAUAUAAUAUAUUAAAAAUACAGUUUCAGCUAGCAACUUACUUUCACUAAUUUAGACCUGGUUUUACAGCUGUAGAUUGUCCCAUUUAGCUGUAUUUCUAUAAGCAAUAGAAGCAGCGCUACCUGUAUGUGUUGAUGUUGGUAAUGGACACGUUUCUUUAGCAGCAAGGGUAGUUUAUACAGUUCUGACCCCUUCUUCCCUGCUCCCCCCGGCUGCUGUUCCCACCCUUUGCCAUCCCUUCUGUUGUGCUGGCACAACUGCUGGUAGAACUGUGUGAAAAAGAAGAUCAAGGAACUGAACUGGAUUAAAAGACCUCUGUACUGAAAUCUUUCAUUUGAGGUGAAAAUGUUUUGUAUUUCAUUAGACUGAUAUUAAACAUUAUCCUUUAUAGCUUUCUAUGCU